UGCAUGCGUUUGCAAGUGAAUAUGCACUUUGCUGACAGUUUACGGGUGGCUACCAUGUCUUUUGUCAUUUUGAAAGUGAUUAAUUUUACUGUGCAUCAUGGGCGCUUCUCAGACGCACCUAUGCCAUUCCCUUAACGCCAUCAUCACAGAAGUAAUGUAUGAAGUGAUGGCUCGCUACGAACUACCACUCUCCACAAUGUCUAACAGACGGAAACGGAUGAUACAAAGGCGAGCGCAUCGCUAUGUGCGAAGUCAUAUUCCACACGAGCUAAUUCACUACUACUGUGACCACGUGGCAGAAGACAGUGAGUUGGCACACAGACACAUGUCUAACUUGCGGGCUUUGGUUGAUUACGCAUUUCAGCGUGCGAUCAAUUCCCAUUCGCAUGUGAGUAAUCGAACUAGGCACUCAUCCUUGGGUCCACCUCAAGCAACAGCUCGAAGUAUACCAGGCCCGACUAGAUCCGAAAGUGAUGUUGGAAGUGUAAGACCCUUCAUGUUCCAGCUCGUUUUCUAGGACAUAGAAGACCGAACAGUGUGUGCCCGGAACGCCACGGACGAAAACAUGG